AAUUUGCUCACAUUCCAAUACUACCAUUUAGGUUUAGCAUCCUCACCUCAUUUUCUUCAUCUUCUCCUCUUCUAGGCCUCUACUUUCUCUCUCUAGAAAGAAAUUCUGCUUCCUUUAUCUUCUCUCUAAAAAGAAGCAGAAAGAACACUGAGAAAUCAGCUUAAAGGCAACAAUCAAUGGCUGUUCAUCUUCUGUUUGGGCUUCUCAUCUUAUCCAUGGUUACUCAUUCAAAUGCGGCAUUUUGUGUAUGUAAGCAAGGGAUAAGUCCAGGAAUAAUGCAGAAAGCAAUAGAUUAUGCUUGUGGAGCAGGAGCAGAUUGUAAUCCUAUAAGACCAAAUGGGCAAUGUUAUAAUCCUAACUCAAUUGCAACCCACUGUUCUUAUGCUGUCAACAGUUAUUUCCAACGAAAUGCAGCCAAGGGUGCUACUUGUGAUUUCAAUGGUGCUGCUAUGCUCACUAAUGCUGACCCCAGUGGUGGGAGUUGCUCCUUUUCAGCUACUUCAGGCACCGGUAAUCCUACCAGGACAGUGCCUACAGCAUCCCCGACUACGCCAACAUCCACUCCAGUAACCGGUGUAACUCCUGUGUCCGGCACAGGCAUGAACCCAACUACUGCUUCCCCUUACACUGCCUUGCCAAACACAGGAACCGGGGUGCUUGGAGGUGUUGGCACUGGAAUGGCCCCUUCUGGAUCAAUCUACGACGACCCCAACAUCGGAAUGAAGCUUCAAAGCACCAGCAUGGGCUCCAUGUUAGCAACAGUGGCAAGCUUAACUAUCAUGAUUAUGUGGAAUUGAGAAUGGAGCAUUUGAUAUGAUGAUCAUGAGAAUUAUUGUACUAUUUUGGAUCAAUUCUAAGCUGAUUUUGGGGAUGUUUGCUCGUUUUCUAGCUCACUUUGUAUUUUGGACCUGUAAUUUCUUUUGUUCUAUUAUGUAAUAUGUAAUCUAGUUAGGAAGGUAGGGGGACUAUUAGUAAUUUGUACAAGCACUAUCAUAUACUCUGAGCAUCUAUCCCACGGCUGUACAACUUUUAUGUAGGAAGAUCUUUACAUAUUUGGUAGUUUUUUUUUUUUAAAUAUAGAUGAAUGGGAUUCUGUUUUGGUUGGAGCAAA